GCGAUUGGUAAUAGUGAGAAUCGACUGUCGGCCAUCUUGGUGUUGAAUACGGGUCGUGGUCUGACAGUACUUUUGUUCAUGCCUCCGUUUAUUUGAAUCGUUCCCUUGCCUAUGAUAUUUGAAAGAGAAUCAGCGAGUCACGAGGACGAGGUUCUCCCUGGAUCGUCGUGGAAUUUACUAUCAAUUGGUUGAGUUGAACGGAAUUGAAUAAGGAAAAAUGGAUACGCCGAGGGAACGUGAGAUCGCCGCUGAGGACAGCAUCAAGGUGGUCUGUAGAUUUCGGCCACUGAACGACUCUGAGGAGAAGGCUGGAUCGAAAUUUGUCGUUAAAUUUCCAUCCGGAGGGGAUGAAAAUUGUAUUUCCAUUGGGGGGAAAGUUUAUUUGUUCGACAAAGUAUUUAAACCAAAUGCAACGCAAGACAAAGUCUACAAUGAAGCUGCUAAAUCAAUUGUUACCGACGUGCUGGCAGGUUACAACGGUACAAUAUUCGCCUAUGGACAGACAUCUUCAGGUAAAACGCACACAAUGGAGGGGGUCAUUGGUGAUCCGAACAAGCAGGGAAUCAUCCCGCGAAUCGUCAAUGACAUUUUCAAUCACAUUUACGGAAUGGAAGAAAAUCUCGAGUUCCACAUAAAAGUUUCCUACUUCGAGAUUUAUAUGGACAAAAUCAGAGAUCUGCUGGACGUAUCCAAAGUGAACUUGAGUGUUCACGAGGACAAGAAUCGAGUCCCAUUCGUUAAAGGUGCAACUGAGCGGUUCGUAUCUAGUCCCGAGGAAGUAUUCGAAGUAAUCGAGGAAGGAAAGUCAAACCGUCACAUAGCAGUUACGAAUAUGAAUGAGCACAGUUCUCGUUCGCACUCAGUAUUUCUCAUCAACGUGAAGCAGGAGAAUCUGGAGAACCAGAAGAAAUUGUCUGGCAAACUGUACCUGGUCGAUUUGGCUGGUUCGGAGAAAGUAUCCAAGACUGGUGCUGAGGGAACGGUUCUGGAUGAGGCGAAGAAUAUUAAUAAAUCCCUAUCAGCCCUGGGUAAUGUCAUUUCAGCCCUAGCAGACGGUAAUAAAACACACAUACCGUAUCGUGACUCGAAAUUGACGAGAAUUCUCCAGGAAUCGUUGGGUGGUAACGCAAGAACGACAAUUAUCAUCUGCUGUUCACCAGCGAGCUUCAACGAGUCCGAGACAAAAUCCACCCUGGACUUUGGCAAGCGCGCGAAGACGAUCAAGAAUGUCGUCUGCGUGAACGAGGAAUUGACGGCCGAAGAGUGGAAGCGACGAUACGAACGUGAGAAGGAGAAAGCUGCGAGGCUGAAGGGAAAAGUCGAGAAGUUGGAGUACGAAUUGUCACGUUGGAGACAAGGAGAGACUGUCAAACUAGAGGAGCAGGUUAACCUGGUGGAGGGACCAGACGUCAUUACACCAAUUCCAAUCGAAGGCAAAGUCGAGUCAAAGGUUCCAGAUGGACCUAUUCCAGCUAUACCCGGUGGUGGUCUCAUGGCUGGAUCACUGUCCAACGAGGAGAGGCAGAAACUAGAGGAGGAGAGGGAGCGGCUAUUCCAGCAACUCGACGACAAGGACGAAGAGAUCAACCAGCAGAGCCAGUACCUCGAGAAACUCAAAGAACAAUUGGAAGAACAGGAGGAACUUAUCGCCAGUGCUCGCAGGGAUUAUGAACAGCUCCAACAGGAAAUGAGUACCAUCAAUCAGGAGACUGAGAGUGCUAAGGAAGAGGUUAAGGAGGUGCUCCAAGCGCUCGAGGAAUUAGCAGUUAAUUAUGAUCAAAAGUCACAGGAAGUUGAAAUAAAGAAUAAGGAGCACGAGGCACUUACUGAGGAGCUGCUUGCUAAACAGACUGCGCUCAAUUCUACGAUUUCUGAGCUCCAGCAGCUACGGGAUAUGUCUACUCACCAGCGUAAACGUACUGCGGAGAUGUUGACCAAUCUUUUAAAGGAUCUGGGAGAGAUUGGGGUCACUAUCGGAGGAGACGAAAAUCUUAAAUGCCAGAUUACGCCUGAUUCGAAUGGAAAACUUGAUGAGGAGUUCACAGUGGCUAGAUUCUACAUUAGUAAAAUGAAGUCCGAAGUCAAGAAUUUGGUGCAACGUUGCCAGGGAUUGGAAACGUUCCAGGUGGACUGCAAUAAAAAGAUAUCAGAGUAUGAGAAAGAAUUGGGCGAGUGUCGACUAUUGAUCUCUCAGCAUGAGGCACGCAUGCAGACUCUAACCGAGUCGAUCAAGGAAGCCGACACCAGGAAACGUCAACUCGAGGAAGAUGUCGAUGCAAUGCGGGAAGAGUGCGCCAAAUUGAAAGCUGCUGAGCAGGUCCAGGCUGUCAGUAACAAAGAGAAGGCAGAGGAGAAGGAGGCAGCGACAAAGAUGCGUGUAGCCCUUGAGGAGCAGAUGGAUCAGUUGCGUGAUGUUCACCAGAGACAGGUUGCCGCCCUCAGAGACGAAAUUUCCGAGAAGCAGGAGACAAUAAGUGAACUCAAGGAUCUCAACCAGAAAUUCACACUUGCCCACCAGCAAAUGCAGGCUGACUAUGAACGAUUGAAGCAGGAGGAAGCUGAGAAAUCCAUGAAACUUCAGGAGCUCAUAAUGGUGAAUGAACGUCGUGAACAGGCGCGAAAGGAUCUCAAGGGAUUGGAAGACACUGUUGCCAAAGAACUUCAGACACUGCACAAUCUCCGCAAAUUAUUUGUCCAGGAUCUCCAGGUGAGAAUGAAGAAGACUGCAAAUGCUGAGGACAAUGAGGACGACGGUGGCUCAUUGGCGCAGAAACAAAAGAUUUCAUUUCUCGAGAAUAAUCUUGAUCAGCUUACCAAGGUUCACAAACAACUUGUUAGAGAUAAUGCCGAUCUGCGGUGUGAAUUACCUAAACUUGAGAAGAGGUUGAGGGCAACUGUUGAGCGUGUGAAAGCUCUUGAGAUUGCACUGCGCGAUGCCAAAGAGGGUGCAAUGAGAGAUCGUAAACGUUACCAGUAUGAAGUGGAUAGGAUUAAGGAGGCUGUUCGCCAGAAGAACUUGUCACGACGUGGACCCAGUGCCCAAAUUGCCAAACCAAUUCGAGCUGGACAACACCAUGGUGGAGGUAUCAAUGUUAUUAGGACUGGGAAUCGAGAUGUGGAAUCUCCCCGGUCGUGAGCGUAAAUCGAACAAAAAAAAAUUCUUCACUUUUACAGAGAACGAACGCAAGAUGGCAUUCGCCGAUGAGAAAAAAUGGAUUCCAGAGCCGGACAUAAUUUUCAAUUCUUACACAUAAAUGAUUGAGGUAAAAGAAAAAAAAACAUUAUAUAUGAAUAAGGGUUAUAGAAGUACUACUACUAUUCGCAGCGAGCACCAUCCGUUUCUUUCAUUCAACAGAGCAAAACUUAAAGAAAAAAAGUAAAGUAAGAAAAACGAGAAAAAAUGAAAAAAUAAUAAGCAUGUGCUUAGUACUGGCUAAGAUUAUAUAACAUUAAGUUUACAAUGUAAUACUGCAUGUCUUAUCGAUUUGUAAAUAGUUGAUUUUUAUAAAUUAUUUAAUUUAAAGGAAAUGAAGUAACAUGUGCGCGAUUAUUUGAGAUGAAAAAAAAACACGAUCGAUUUAUGCUAUAUGGAUAUUGUAAUUCAUGAUCAAGACAACGCAUUACGUUCAGAACGCUUUCUAAUUGUGCACUCACUUUUAUCGUUGAUUGAUAAUGAUUAAUUAUCACAUGGCGAUCCAAUACCCGAGACACACAUGAGAGUAAUUACUCUUAUUACGUAUUUGGUUGCCGGAUUGGUUCCACAAUGAUGAAAAAAGAUGAAAUAAUUGACAAACAAACUCUGGCCUAAACGCAAUCAUCGUUCGCUCUAGUUUAACAAUUGCCAGAGUUGAAAUAAUAAGAUUACAAUGUAAUAGUAUUUCACGUGCAGUUGAGUGCGAGUGGGCAUACAGUUGCUGAAUUAUGAAAAUGAUUGUGGCUUAUGUGUAUUCCAAGUUGCAAAAAAUGUCAAUGAAAAAGACUCCUUAUUCUUUUGCUUAUUGAUAAUUUAUUGGAUGAUUGGUGACUGCCCUUGAAGAUAGUUUCGAUGCUGUAAAUCGAUUGGGAGAACUCGCUUAAUGCCGGUUAAGUGUUCAAGUCUCUCCGUUGUGAUUUUUAGAUUCAGCAAUUGAAACUGUCUUUCCUCGGGCAUUUACUUCUCUACGAUAAUGUCAGUUUUUGUCUUUACUGGCUUAUAACUUUAAAUUUUUAUCAUUCAAGGAAAAUAAAAUGUGAAACAUGAGCAACACAUCUCGAAUGUUUCACUCAAAUAUUUAUUUAUAUGAUAUUUUGUAUGAAACUUUAAUGGUAUACACAAUUGAAUUAAAAAAAAUUCAUGGCGAAAUCUUUGAACAAAAUUUUUUCUCAUCUCCGAUUCAUUCAGAGAUUAUCAAUUAUCGAAAAUGCUUGAAAUAUUUGUUUUCCCAUCAUUGUCAUUGCCAAUUAUAUUUAUUAAAAAUGGAAUGUCUUGUCAAUUUUGGUGCAACGAUUGUGCAUAACGGCGUUGAAAGCGGACAUAAUGAGAAUUGUUAUUCUAAUGUUUCCACGAUUACUGAGCUUAAAAAAGAGAAUGAUUAAAAGUGCUUUAGUUAUUUAAAAUUUUCGGCUGCUGUAUUUAUAUUAUUUGUAAAUUACGAGGCAAACGUAAUUGACAUGACUACCAUUGAGGCAAUAUGGUAUAGUAUGUUGUGAUCGAUCAUUCGUAAAAAAAAAAAUAAGAAGAAAUCUGUGACACGAGCCUGGAAUGCUCGACAGGCGAGCUUGCAAUUCUAGGUAGGAAAUAUUAAUAAUGUAUUGAUUUUGCAAACUAUUUUGUUGUCCCUACGUUGAUUAAUAAUCCUAAUUUUUUUUAUGA